AUGCCAACACCGCAGGUCUUCCUCGCUGUCCUCCUCCUCUUCCUCAGCCGAGGAGACAACGGGCUUGAUGGAUCUCCUGAAAGGUCACCGGUGGGAGUGAUGAGGAGACAUCUCCAGCCCUUGGCCACCAGCUGGAGCUUUCCCCGGAGGAAGCGAGAUGAGGAACCACCUUCAUAUCUCAAGUGGGUGACUUUUGAGGGCAAACUGCCCACCGAUGCCGUCUCCAACUGGAACAACUACACCCAGAAGAUGGAGUAUGUCUGCUCCACCCGCGUCCUCGGCUGCAACACCGGCGCCUACACCCCCGAGCGAGGUCCCUUCUGCUUCUUCCCGUAUGGAGAAUGGGAGAGAAGAACCAAAGACUUCAAGAUCUUAAUCAACGUUGGAGGUUUUGAAGCUCUGGAUUGGGUGGACAAUUCUUUUGGCAACGUACCCAAAAAUGCCGUCGAGGGUUGUCCGGCUGUUGACGUCUUCAUUGGGAGGAACCGUUAUGGUUUGGGUAAGAUCUCCAAAGAACAACGAGCUGCUUUCAUGAUGGUGGAUGGGGAGGAGGUUUGGUACAAGUGGUACCAAGUGUUGGUGGUCAAGAAGGGUCCAGCAGACAUCACCAUCUCCAAUGUCAACUACAACAUGAGUGGGUUGGUGGAGCACUGGGAGAAUGUCACCUUGAUGGAGACCACGGUGAGGAACGAGGGUUGUCAAGAGGUGUGGAAAAAGGUCACUUUGGAGGAGGUCACUGAGAUGGAGCACAACUGGGUGGUGGACCAGAGGGUCUUCGCCACCGUCCGCGGGGUGUUGCGAGCUGCCCUCUUGACCUUCAGUGGGACAGGUUGGGAGGUCACCAACGUCACCGAUAUCUCCUGGGUGGGGGGAGCCAGUACCAGUGAGUACAUUGUCCAUACCCACGUGGUGGAGAAGGUGGUCCAACCCCAGAUGACGUGUGCAGUGGCCCUGGAAGGACGUCGGUUGGACGUCCGCGUCCCUUUCACCGCCCAGUUGACCCGUGAUUUUGAGGAUGGUCAAACGCAUCGUGUGGCCGUGACGGGGUGGGCUCACAGCCGGGCGGUGGUGGGCGUCAGGGCUGCUGUCAAGGACUGUUGGCCCAUCACUGAUGUCCCACCAUGCUGA